AAGGGGGAAGGUCAAUGAAAGUAUUGAAUUUGCUCCCUGUGGCAGAUGAAUAGACUACCACCACCACCACCACCACUGGGGAUAUUGGACGUCGGUAGAAAGCGAAUGUGUAUCAAAAACCUGCAUAUCUAUAAGUCCUCCUGAUUUCCAUCUGAAAAAUGGGUAGAAGGUGCCGAAUGAGCCGGUACGAAUGCAAGCGGCAUACCCAUUUUAUGAAAUUUCAACCACACAGGACUACGGCUACUUACUUUUUCUGUUUCCUUUUGGCACCAGCGAAUUCUUGUCGACACCCUCACCUACGGUUUUUAGAAUUUUCGACGACAAAUACUGUAGGAAUUCGUAAACAUCCCGCCAUAGUGUUAUUAGAAUAUUGCAACCUCUUUUGUACCAGACACUUCGCCCCCUUACAGCUCCGCCUUUUUCUCCCUUUUGCCUUUUCUCACAAGAAAGGUUUGCUCCGUAAUUACUUUUGCAAAUAGAUUUGUAAAAAGAUCAGUCAUACAAGCGACUCUUUUAUUUUCCUGAUUCUUUUUUUUUUGGGGUCGCCAGCUAUCUUCUUCUUUCCGAUUUGCAGUCG